AAAUAUCCGGCUCUUCCCUGUGGGCUCUAGGCCUGGCCUCGAUUCGCUACCGGCCAUGGCGAGUAAUGAUAAGGGACACCCCACAACUGGGACUCUUGCGAAGCAGCUUCGACAUCGCAUGAAGACCGCGACUCCCCGCGGCGAAAAGGCAAUGUCUACGUUAUCAGAUCGUGUGGGUAAACGUGGCUGGACAAGAAAAGUGGCCCCAUCGCGUCCACUGCUUAACUUUCUUAAGGCUUGCCUUGAGUGCCAUCGCAGAAAAAUAAAAUGUGACAUGACUACAAAGAGUAGAUGCACUUCUUGUGAAAGGCUCGAUGUCCCCUGUUCGGUCAAUGAAUACCGUCGUCGUCGCAAUAAAGAGAAGAGAAGCAAGAUCGACGAACUUGAAUCGAAUAUCGAGCGGAUGGAGAAUGUUUUUGAAAAGCUGGGCUUGAUGCGACCGGUUGAUGACCUUCCUAGAACUCCUGUGUCAUAUUCCCAGUCUUAUCCUUCCUGGAACAUAUCGGAGGCCCAAGCAUGGGACACUAUCAGCGAGUCAGGAUCGGAUCAUUCAAACCAUCCUACAAAUGAUCCAUCUAUGCAUCCGCCUGCUAGUUUGGUUGAUAGCAAGGCGUCUUCCGGAAUGGAAGGCGACAGCGAUGUCUUUUUGCAAAAUUUGGCAUGUCCAAGCAUCCUGGUGGACCUCACAAAAGACAGGGGGGUCAAUCGAAGAUCUGAACAUGGAGAAAAUCAGCACCAGGCCAAGGACAAUUCAAGAAAUCUUGACCUCCACAAUUCAAAUUCGAUGUCUUCUCUUCCAGUUCUGGAUCAAGACGAACCGUUUGACGGCACAUCUACCCCAAAGACAUUCUAUCCUCUGCCGGGUAUUGCUGAAACCAUGGUGCUUUUCCUCGAGUUUCUCGAAAAUUUCAAUACCAUUUGUCCCCUAUUCCAGCCGGUCUCACUACUAUCAAUCUGCGACGAGGACAGCAGCAUAAACCCCGACCAAGCAGAUCGCUGGGCGUGUAUAAAUGUUGUUUUAGCGUUGGCGCAUACUAUGCGCUCAAGAGCGUCCGAUGUGGCGCAUUCCAACCAUCAAAUCAGUUGGAUGUUCAUGAAAAAUGCUUUGCAAGUGGCGAAAAGUUUGUGCAAUAGCCCUCCAACUCUCUGGGCAGCCCAAGCCCUUCUUGGAAUCACCGUCUUUUUACUUGGCACAUUGAAUGACAAGCCAUGCGAUCUUUUCGUCACAUCGGCGCUCCGGAUCACUCACGAUCUUUUAUUGGGGGGUCACCGCCAAGGCAACCCCCUUGCCUGCGAGGAUAAUCAAAUUGAACACUGCCGUAUGGUCUUCUGGAUCGGGUACUGUUUAGAUCGAGAGUAUGUUUCCAGGUCAUAUAGCUACAAUUAUAUCUUAUCUCUAACAGUUUUUAGUAUUUCCUUGCGGUUUGGUAGAUCUCUAGGGCGGACUGACGAAUAUAUCGAUAUCGAGUUCUCGCCCGGCCUAUCAUCGCAUCAUUAUACCGUACCAUCGGACCAAGAACAAAUCGAUUUCGACGUUUUCAGAUCUUACUGCGAGCUUUCGGUCAUAAAGGGCCACGUUUACAAACUUUUAUGCUCAGCGACAGCGCCUAAACAAUCAACAUCAGGUCUUGCCGACUUGGUGGCUAGGUUGGACGAAAAGCUUCGAGGCUGGAAAGCGAGUGUUCCCAAAACAUUCCGUCCUGACGUUCAGGAUACGGCUUCAUUUCCCAAAUCAAAGGCAUCCGUACUUCUUCUCAGUCUUCACUUCUCAUAUUUCAACUGUUUGUUAUCAGUUCAUCAAGCGCUCAAUUCACACGGUUCGGGUAUAUAUAUGGAACUCGCUAAAACAUACAGCUCCGGAAUGCUAUCUGAAGAUAUCGCCCACUUUUCUGCGAUUCUAUGUCAAAAUGCAGCCAGGGCAUCGAUAAAGCUGGUGAAACAUAUGCCCGCACAGAAUCCGUCUAUGGUCGGAAAUCUUCUUCACUAUCUCGUUGUAGCGACCGAGAUGCUUACAAAACAAAUAAUAAUAAAUCCAACAUCUGGGGCAUGUGAUAUCUACAUGAUUGCCCAGGUCGAACGCUUUCUAUCAUCUGUCGUACUUACCGCACCGAAUGAAGGAAUGCGCAGAGUGGUUGAACAUUGUGCCGAGCAACGUUUACUAGCCGAGUCAGCAGUCAAUCGAGUGGAUGCUCAAGUUGCAUUUCAACUUGAAGUUAGUUAG